UGUAAGCGCGUUUAUUUGUUUGUAUUUUGAAGCCUACAAGGGUGACAGUUGGAGAGCAAGUUCAACACUUUAUAACUUUUAAGCUUUCUAUCAGAUUCAAAUUCAAACUCAUCCCUUCUCUUCUUUUCUCAUGGCUUUCUGGUAAAUUCACAAUACACAGAUCUGAAACUAAGUAAAGAGGAUAUUAUAAUCAGUUCUGUAGUCAAAUAUGUCAUCAAAAGUGUUUAGAGCAAGCCGAUCAUCUAUAUCAACAUCAUCUGAUGCAGCUGAUGGCCAGAAGCCUCCUUUACCUCCAAGUGUACAAUUUGGGCGGAGAACUUCCUCGGGUCGCUAUGUGAGUUACUCUAGAGAUGAUCUUGACAGUGAAAUAGGGAGCACAGACUUCAUGAAUUAUACAGUGCAUAUACCAGCCACCCCAGAUAACCAACCUAUGGAUCCAUCAAUCUCACAGAAAGUUGAGGAGCAAUAUGUGUCAAAUUCACUUUUCACAGGUGGAUUCAACAGCGUUACUCGAGCCCAUCUGAUGGAUAAGGUGAUAGAAUCUGAAGCAAAUCAUCCACAGAUGGCUGGUGCAAAAGGGUCUUCAUGUGCAGUUCCUGGUUGUGAUUCUAAGGUGAUGAGUGACGAACGUGGUGCUGAUAUUCUUCCCUGUGAGUGUGAUUUUAAGAUAUGUAGAGAUUGUUAUAUAGAUGCAGUGAAAACAGGAGGUGGUAUUUGCCCAGGAUGCAAGGAACAGUAUAAGAACACAGAAUUAGAUGAAGUGGCUGUAGAUAAUGGACGUCCUCUUCCACUUCCUCCACCUGGUGGAAUUUCUAAAAUGGAGAAGAGAUUGUCCUUGAUGAAGUCAACGAAAUCAAUGCUAAUGAGGAGCCAAACUGGAGACUUUGAUCAUAACCGGUGGCUCUUUGAAACAAAGGGGACCUAUGGCUAUGGUAAUGCUAUAUGGCCAAAGGAAGGAGGUUUUGGAAAUGAAAUAGAGGAUGAUGUUGUUGAGCCAACUGAAUUGAUGAACAGGCCUUGGAGACCACUUACUAGGAAACUGAAGAUACCUGCUGCUAUUUUGAGUCCAUAUCGUCUUAUCAUUUUUAUUCGUUUGGUUGUCUUGGCACUGUUCUUGGCAUGGAGGGUCAAACACCAAAAUACUGAUGCAGUAUGGCUAUGGGGCAUGUCUGUUGUUUGUGAGAUAUGGUUUGCUUUUUCCUGGCUUCUGGAUCAACUGCCCAAACUAUGCCCAGUGAAUCGCUCCACAGAUCUUAAUGUUCUAAAGGAGAAAUUUGAAACACCCACCCCUAACAAUCCAACUGGAAAAUCUGAUCUUCCAGGAAUAGAUAUAUUUGUUUCUACUGCAGAUCCUGAGAAAGAACCUCCUCUCGUAACUGCAAACACUAUCCUGUCUAUUUUAGCUGCUGAUUACCCUGUGGAGAAGCUUUCUUGUUAUGUUUCUGAUGAUGGAGGUGCGCUCCUAACUUUUGAGGCAAUGGCUGAAGCUGCUAGCUUUGCUAAUUCAUGGGUUCCCUUCUGCCGUAAACAUGAUAUAGAGCCUAGGAAUCCUGAAUCAUACUUCAACUUGAAAAGAGACCCUUACAAAAACAAAGUGCGGCCUGAUUUUGUCAAGGAUCGAAGGCGAGUAAAGCGUGAGUAUGAUGAAUUUAAGGUUAGGAUCAAUGGUCUGCCGGAAUCUAUUCGUCGCCGAUCUGAUGCCUAUCAUGCAAGAGAGGAAAUCAAGGCCAUGAAAGUUCAGAGACAAAAUAGGGGAGAUGAACCUCAAGAAACGGUAAAGAUUCCUAAAGCAACAUGGAUGGCUGAUGGAACACAUUGGCCAGGAACUUGGUUGAGUCCUACAUCCGAGCAUUCUAAGGGUGACCAUGCUGGUAUAAUUCAGGUGAUGUUGAAGCCGCCUAGCGAUGAACCUCUCCCCGGAAAUGCAGAUGAUACAAGUCUCAUAGACCUAACUGAUGUUGAUAUACGUCUUCCCCUUCUUGUUUAUGUUUCUCGAGAGAAGCGACCGGGCUAUGAUCACAACAAGAAAGCUGGCGCCAUGAAUGCCUUGGUUCGAGCAUCGGCAAUCAUGUCUAAUGGUCCAUUUAUUCUCAAUCUUGACUGUGAUCACUAUAUCUACAACUCAAAGGCAAUGAGGGAAGGGAUGUGCUUUAUGAUGGAUCGCGGAGGCGAUCGCCUUUGCUACGUCCAGUUCCCCCAAAGGUUUGAAGGGAUUGAUCCCUCUGAUAGAUAUGCUAAUCACAAUACUGUCUUCUUUGAUGUCAACAUGAGAGCCCUUGAUGGACUUCAAGGGCCGGUGUAUGUGGGAACAGGGUGCCUUUUCAGACGGAUUGCACUAUAUGGUUUUGACCCACCCCGUUCCAAAGAGCACCACACAGGUUGUUGUAAUUGUUGCUUUGGUCGUCAGAAGAAACAUGCAUCAAUGGCAAGCACCCCAGAAGAGAGCCGGGCAUUGAGGAUGGGUGAUUCUGAUGAGGAGGAAAUGAAUCUAUCACUGUUCCCGAAGAAAUUUGGAAACUCAACUUUCCUUAUUGACUCUAUUCCUGUGGCUGAAUUCCAAGGCCGACCACUGGCCGAUCACCCUGCCGUGAAAAACGGACGUCCACCCGGCGCUCUCACCAUCCCCCGCGAUCUUCUCGAUGCAUCGACAGUGGCAGAGGCCAUCAGUGUCAUCUCCUGUUGGUACGAGGACAAGACCGAGUGGGGAAACCGUGUCGGGUGGAUCUAUGGCUCUGUGACAGAGGAUGUGGUGACAGGGUAUAGGAUGCACAAUAGAGGAUGGAAAUCAGUUUACUGUGUGACCAAACGUGAUGCCUUCCGUGGAACUGCUCCCAUCAAUCUCACUGACAGGUUGCAUCAAGUUCUCAGAUGGGCUACUGGCUCAGUUGAGAUAUUCUUCUCAAGAAACAAUGCUUUGCUGGCCAGCCCAAGAAUGAAAAUUCUUCAAAGAAUUGCAUAUCUGAAUGUUGGAAUCUACCCUUUCACAUCCAUAUUUCUGAUUGUCUACUGCUUCCUUCCUGCAUUGUCCCUUUUCUCUGGGCAGUUCAUCGUGCAGACCCUCAAUGUCACUUUUCUAUCAUACCUCUUAGGAAUCACCGUGACUCUGUGCAUACUUGCAGUGCUUGAGAUUAAGUGGUCAGGGAUUGAGCUGGAAGAAUGGUGGAGAAAUGAGCAGUUCUGGCUGAUUGGAGGGACAAGUGCUCAUCUUGCUGCUGUGCUGCAAGGAUUGCUGAAAGUCAUAGCAGGAAUUGAAAUCUCAUUCACCUUGACAUCAAAGUCAGGUGGCGAUGAUGUAGAUGAUGAAUUUGCUGAUCUGUAUGUUGUGAAAUGGACAUCCCUCAUGAUACCACCUAUCACAAUUAUGAUGGUUAACCUGAUAGGAAUAGCAGUUGGAGUUAGCAGAACCAUUUACAGUGUGAUACCACAAUGGAGCCGUCUACUGGGUGGUGUGUUCUUCAGUUUUUGGGUCUUGGCUCAUCUCUAUCCCUUUGCAAAAGGUUUGAUGGGAAGAAGAGGAAGAACACCUACCAUAGUUUUUGUAUGGUCAGGCCUAAUUUCCAUCACAAUUUCUCUCCUCUGGGUUGCCAUCAACCCUCCUGCUGGUUCUAAUCAGAUUGGUGGUUCAUUCCAGUUUCCUUGAUACCUCAUUCUUUUUCUCACAUCAUUCAGUCACCAAUUUCUUCAUUUAAAUUAGUUUCUCUCUCCAUAUAUAUAUAUAUAGAAUGAUUCUAUAUCUUGAUGCUACUAAUGGAUUGACUUAAAUUAUGCAGUCUGUUGUUAUGCUUAUGAAUUUUGUUUAGAAGUUAAUUCCAGAGAUCUGUCACUGACUUUACUU